UUCCGCUACACACACACACACACAUAGGGUCCGCCUACCUCCUCUCCCGCAGACGGCCAAGCCGCCGACGAAGACGACCGUCCUCGACAUACUUUUUUGGCGGAAUAUUCCAGCGGGGGGAUUUUAAUGCCUGAGCUAAUCGUCCUCCAUCUAGCACUACUCUCGGGUAGUUUGCCGAGUGUGUCUUUAGGCGACGAGCUGCGGCACGGGGCUGUGUUAAUCUGCAAGGUGUGUCUUGGUGGUCUUUCCUAGCCCCUCUCUGGAUGCAUCCAGCUCCUCUGCCCCCGGGCCCUGGACCCGGUGUGUGACCCCGCCGCUCUCACCUCUCUCCCCCUCAGCGACCGACGCAUUCCCGCCGCCUGUCCUCUGCCCCGAGGCGGGGGGCCGCGGCGCCAUGGUGGCCUCCGGCCGACGCGAGCCCCUCGCCAUGAGCGGCGAGACCCCAUCGGAGGGCAGGGUCCCGCAGUCCGACUGCACCCCGCAUCACUUCAAACCCUUCAGCUCGCACGCGCACUACCAGCAGGUGAUGCGCGCGUUGGGUAAGCUCCAGGAGAGCGGCUUCUACUGGGGCGCGGUGGGGGGCCGCGAGGCCAGCUCCCUGCUCCGCUCGGAGCCCCCCGGGACCUUCCUGAUCCGGGACUCGUCGGACAACCACCACUUCUUCACGCUGUCGGUGCAGACGGCACGCGGCACCAAGAACCUCCGCGUCCACAGCGAGGUCAGCGGCUUCUUCCUGCAGCCCGACGCGCAGUGCCCCCAGGAGCCGCCGCGCUUCGACUGCGUGCUCAAACUCAUCGCGCACUACAUGGGGAAGGGCCCCGUCGCACGAAGCGCCGAACCCGGCUCCGUCCGCACCGUCUAUCUGAUCCACACCGCCGGCGAGCGGAUCCCCCUGGAGCUGCGGCGGCCCCUCCUCAACUCCCUCUCAUCCCUACAGCACAUGUGCAGGAGGACCCUGAACAACCAGGGCCUGGGCGGGGCCGAGCAGCUGCCACACACACUCAAAGACUUCUUGGAGGAGUACGACGCCCCCAUAUGACUGGAGGGCUCGGACCAGUUCUCAACGGGGGACUAGACUGAAAGAAGAGGUAAACGGUCAACCUUCUCCCGAUGACUGACUUAGACGCAGAGCAGAGCCUCGUAGAAGACUAACAAGAAGAAGCGUCGUGUAUUCGUGUGUUCAUACAUGACCAAACUCGACCUUUUCUUUUUUUAAUCCAAAACCGGCUGCAAAAAUACACCAUACUGAUGGUGAUGAUGAUGCAGAUGGAGAAAGAAGAAAAGCGGGGAAUGGGAUUAAGAAGGGGGUGGGGGGGGUGUGGGGGGGCGUCGUCAUACAAAAAGAGAUGCCCCGCGCUUUGAAGAAAUGACAGACGGACAGCCCAGAACCAAAAUGGCUUCAAGUCUUAAGAUUUUUUUGAUUUUCUUUUGUAGUUCUCAUCUCAUAAAGCACGUAUGUCCAGACUCUGAUAAAUGUGGAGAUACAGGGGGUCCUCGGCUUUUGAUGUAGUUCCGUUUCUAUGGCGGUGACCUAACCCGAAUUUGGAAGUCAGAAUGCGCCAAAUCACUAAUUUAGGCGAAAGUAGUAGUACAGUCAUAAUUACAGUAAAUAUUUGCAUUUACACAUCGCUAGAAACCUAAAAACCAGUAUGUCAGGAUCAGUGUAACUUGUAAACUAAGGAUUGAAAGAAAAUAUGCUAUAUCACAAUUGUGUUGCAGUACCGCUGUAAAACGUGGGGGGCAGUGUUGAGAUUCAAAUAAUUUCCAUACCGUACCGAAUGAUUGCGAUGUUUGGCCGACGAUAAUACCACAAUACAGCGAUAAUCGAUAGACAGGAUGUCCUCAGUUAGGCAGAGUUCUGUUCCUAAAAUGGCGACGCAAGUCGAGUUUUUACACUACGCUGAACGGCACGUAGCCUAUCACUAAUCUAUGCGAGCAUUGUAGUUUACAGUAAAGUACUGUGGUAACUGAACACACCUGCAUGUGUCACUUGACCACAUAUUCUAACGCCUCGUAUGGCGGGAAAGUCGUGAAGCGAGGACCUCACUGGUAUGGCUUGGCCAAGUCUCCCAACUGGGUGAUUCGACGCCGUAAAUAAUCAAAUAGUGGGCAUGCACGCUAUUAUCCAGCAUCAGUUAUGACAGUUAUCAUUUCAGUAGGGAGGCAACCUUGUAGAAAACAGUAAAAAGGUGACAUUUUGCUGUAAACCUGAAAGCCAGUACUUGCGGCCCUUGUUUAACAACCGAGUUCCGUUCCUACAGCGGCGACGUAACCCAAAUUUGUACACUUCAAAAUGUGAUCACUAACGUACAAGAAGAAAAACCUUAACUUGAGUAAAUAGUUAUUUGAAAAAAACAAAAAACAAAAAACACCUCUCGCCCACAAAUAUAACCCAUUGAAAAAGAGGAUUCUCGAAAUCUUGUAUUUUGGGGCCGUCGUAAACCGAGUGACACUUGUACGUGCUUAUCAUCUGACAAUGUAUAAAUAUAAAUAUAUAUAAAUGUGCAUACAUGAGUGCUGCCCCAUGAGGUCAGUGCACUCAUUAAAUCAUCGCGCAGAGCCAAAUGACUUCAUCAAAGGCGAGCAUUGAUUAGUUGAUUUAAUACGGCGCAGUUGUUAAAAGGCCGUAUAAAAUAUUCAUAAUGAAUCCAGACGCUUGCUUUCACACGACGUAUCCUUUGUACUGUAGGAAACGGGUCACUUUGUUCAGUAUUACUUGCUACAUUUCGAAGUUUAAAUAAGUAAGCUAAAAGAGUCUUUGACGCUCUUUGACACAUGACGGCCACCAAAUUAAAGGUGCAUUGAAUCCUUACGUACUUGGGCACAAGCACAUGCUAGAAAAACUGCCCUGUUUUUCAAGCACUGGUGAAAAUAUCUGUAUUUUAGGAGCUCCCCGAACACGACCCCUAUAAAGUUGCCCCCUGGGAAGUUGGCAAAAAUUGGCCCCGGACACCACUUUCACUAAUCAACUUGAAAUUCGGCAAACAAGUCUAUCGUAACAGGAUGCACAAAAAGUCAAGGUCCCGCGCCCCACAUUAAACAGGAAGUCGGCCAUUUUGGACAGAUUCCAGGGCUCGUUCUUUGACAAACUCCUACGACGGAAUUCAUCUGAGUGAGCCCUAAUCGGAAGCAGAUGCGCCACGCAAAAUCGAUAAGCAUUUUUGCCUAUGCUGUCAAAUGUGGAUGUGGCAUGGCAUCAAAAUGCUGAUUUGGGGCGAUUCUUCAUUAAAAAGAUGGUUCAUUAAUUAUUACAGCUUUCAUUUCAAGUAGCCCUCAAUGGCAAUUUGACCGAACGACAUGAAAUUCGGUGGACACGUCUCAGUAACAGAAAGUCUCAAGGAUCCAUGAUGCAAAGCGUGCAAAAUGUGGUGUAUUCUUUUAUCUUCUUCUUUUGGUCAUACCUCUAUACAGCACGUCUUCCCCCCACCCCUCCAAAAAAGAGACUUACUUUUUACUUCUUUUAACACUCAUAUUUUCUAAAACCAACUUCUUGGAACAGCGCUGUGCUCGGGAGCGGAGGCGUGCUGCUGCUGUCAAAAACACUAAAAACAAAAAAGAAAAGUGGCACGUUUGUGCUGGUGGACCUGUCAACGUCACGUCAUGUGUAUGUAUGUGAAAUCAUUUUUGUCUUUUAUAAAGACUCUACUUAAUCGCAGCAGCCUGGUGGCCACUUAGUGUGGCACAACACAAGCUGUAAUCUCUCAACAACAGCAACAAAAGCAAGAAGAAUAAAUGGGGGGGUGGGGGAAUGGAACGUUGCACAUAUUUAUAUUUCUAAAAUAUUUCAAUAAUUUAUAUUAAAGAGCACUAUUUUUACAAAAGCCAACUGCCUUUGUUUGCCUGUUUUUCGCUUAGCCUGGGAUUCCCUCGUUGCUGGGUUAGAAUUACGGCUUUUUUUUUUUU